AUCGUCGUCUACAUUUACUUGUGUUUUCUCUAUUUUUCAAAUCGUUAUGCAAAUGAAUAAAUAACAAUAACCAAGGUCAAUAGGAAAUCUAUAAAAGCAAUUUCAAGUUUAUCUCUGUGAUAUUGAAAAGCCUGGAGGCUUUAUAAAUUGUAUCCACCAUGAAGGCAUUGACGGUGUUGUUGUUAACCUUCUUCAUACUUCUAGCAAGUAAAAAAGGGUUGACUUAUUCAAAACCAAGAGUAACAUUUCCUUUACGAUAUGUCGAUCACUCAAUCAAUAUCCGUUCAUCAAUGUCUGAGGAAAUUUCGCUGCCAACAGGGAAAUGUGAAGAUAUGAGGGAUCGCGAUUUGUCAUUGAAUCUUCCGGGGGUAGCACCAAGAAGUCUAUAUCCAGGAUUUAUUGACAGCUACCGCGUUUCCUGUCUAAGCAUUCCAGAUAGUUUUAUAGAUGAUGUGGCAGUUGGUUCUUUUGAUUGUUUACCAAAUCUACUUUACCUUGAUAUGUCACGUAAUCGUAUUGAAUUUUGUGAUUUUUUAGCUUUCGGUGGUCACGAUAAACUAAGAUCUUUAGUUUUAGAUGAGAAUAAUUCUCCAGGUCAUGAAGCAAACUUGAUUCUAUCACGCAUUGAUUACUUUCCUCGUUUGGAGCAUCUUUAUCUCCGCAAAAACCAACUGGAAGAUAUCACGACAUCACUAAGACAGUGUUUUCCAUCAUUGACCCAUCUCUAUUUGUCAGACAAUCGACUGGAAGGUCGUACCUUUGAUUACUUAGAACUUCCUUAUACUUUGACCCACCUUCACCUCGAACGUAAUUGGAUACGUCGUCUUGAUAGUCGUGGACUAAUAAAUCUUUCUUCACUCUUUCUCGAUGGCAAUCGGAUCCAGUCAAUUUGCCACUGGCAGUGUCACGGUACUGCUUACUUGAAUCUUCGAGGUACAAACCGAUUGCAGUUUCUCUCAGUGUCGCGAAACGAGAUUGCUUACAUCGAGUGUGACAGCUUUGAAGAUAGUCGUUAUCUCAAGAGCUUGAACUUGGCCCACAAUAGAAUAGACACUAUUUCUCCAGGAACCUUUGACGUGUUGCAAGAACUCCGAGAUUUAUCAUUGAGUUACAACCGCCUGACGAGUUUACCGGAUUUCCGCAGUGUCCGGAUGCUGACAAGUCUUUCUCUGGAUCACAAUCUCUUACAUAGUGUUCCAAGUGGUAUUUUUUGUAAUCUCCAUCAUCUCAAGUGGCUCUCAUUGGGUGGAAAUCGUAUAAGAAACAUUGAUGUUAAUGCUUUCGUUGAUUUACCAUCUUUAGAAGAGCUUGAUUUAUCAAAUAAUGAACUUUCUUAUCUCCCUUCUGGCUGGAUCGAUAGCAACACGUGUCUUCAGCAUCUAGAUAUCCGAGGCAAUCAUUUUAGUAGUAUCGAAAGUCUUUCUAUCCAUAAUGUGCGAAGUCUCACACAUCUUUAUCUUCAAGGAAACCCUCUUAGUCACUUGGAUACACCUGCUUAUUGGAGACUUUCGUAUAACGUUAGUGUUUACUUAGACUAUACUUCAUCAGUGUACAGAGAACCUUGUUAUGUGAGAUGCGAUCGUAUGCACAGAGAGUAUGUUAUACCUCGGUUAACUUUUGGUGAUGAGUGGACUUGGUAGUUUGACCAGGGCGCGGAAACUAACGAGCUAAACUUGCUUACGGAUGAGAGAGAUCGAGUUAGAUAAAUUGCAAGCGAAUUGUGCGCUGAUAGGAAGUAAAUGCGUAUGAAUUUAUCUAAUGCUUGUUGAUUUGAACAGUAGUUAUGUAAAUGAUUUAUGUAUAGAGAUAUUUCUGUAAUUUAUCGAGAAUUUGUUUAUAGAAAUUUUAUUUACAAUCAGUGUACCAUCAGAGUAAAUAAAUGUUACUAUAUAG